AUGGUCUUUGUCGAUAGUGACCUACACUGUGCUGGAGCAACGAGCCAUGGCAGCCUCAAUGCUCGCACCAGGCCCAUCAAGGGAAUCUUGAAGAACAAUUCUAUGGCUUCCUGGCAGUGGCCUUCCAUUGAAGGGCCCUUCGGGACCUUUGAAGAGAAGCUGGGUAAAAAGUCCCAGAAGUGGGAUGAAGUGAACAUCCUGGCAAUAUAUCAUCCAGCUAACAAAGACUAUGGUUUAAUGAAAAUAGGUAAGCCAAACACUCUAUACCGCAAUACAGUAGCUGACUAUGAUGAUUCUGAUAAUGAUUCAGAAGUCAAUGAAAUCAUGAAUCCAGAUUUCUUAACUAAGAAAUUAGCUGUUGAUGAAGCCUCUGAGCCAACAAAUGUGAUUCUAGAACAAGAAAGUAGCGGGGAGAAAGAUGAUGAAGAGCUAGAAAAGAAGCAGCAGUUUGACAUGAAAAGGAAACUUCACUACAACGAACGACUAAAUAUUAAAUUAGCCAGACUUUUGAUUUCAAAACAGCUACAAGAUGAUGACAAAGAUGGAAUGUCGAUGACUACAAACCGAGACAGCAUAAAUAUUGAAGAGUCGAGUCAAGGAUCGACUGAACGUGACCACCUGCAACAGGAAUCACAAAGUUCUUAAAAGGAAUGUGAUCAACUAAACAGUCAUUUGUCAAAUACAAACCUUGUUAUUAUAGUACACUGCUUCUUGUUCUCUACAAUUCCUAACUUACUUGAC